CACCCGUCUCUGGGCUCUCCAGCACCGCACCCGGUUGGACAGCGACCGCGCAGCGUCGGCAGCAUCAGCGCGGCUCGGCCAAUCAGAGCGCAGCUCAGGGCAGAUUAAAGCAAACAGCCCUGAUGCUGCUGCUGCUGCUGUGUAGUAGCAGCCUCAGAAACAAGCAGUGCUGGGCUGAUCUUCUUGGAGUAAAUCAACGAAAAUUACAGCUGUUUAAUUAAUCUUACUCAAAAUGGACACAGUGAUAAUCACCUUUGAUAGAAGCUGAGCUGAUCAGGAGGAUGAUGGAUGCUCGCUCGAUAAUUGGAGAAAGUACUGAUGCGAUAGUGGUGGAUGAUUCUCCGACUGAAGAGAAGGAAAUUCUGCAGACUGGCCAGAGUCGUAUCCCAGUGGUUUCUCUGUGCCCCCCUGACGGUUCUGUUAAGGCCCAACUGACGGUCAUCCCCUCUGCAGAGGAGCUCUGUGACAGCUGCAGCAGCCUUGGCAGACCCUCCUCCUCGUUCCAGCUUUACCAUCAAGUCCCCCAGCGCCUUGAGACCGGAGCCUGUCAUUCGCCACAGAACCAUAAAUGCCCACAUUGCAGCCGCCACGAGUCAGUCAAACCCCACUGCUGCCAUUCAAACACAGCUUGUCCUCAUGCUGACAGAGGGGUGGCGGUGAAAUCAGGACACAGCUGUGGUUCUGCCCAUCAGGCGUCCUGUCAUGGGUCGGCAAGGUGUCACUGGUUGCACGGCUCAAACGAGAGCAGGACACAGACCAAACCAAAGCAGCGCCACGUGGUGUCAGUGAGGAAUGGGGGACUUAACUUCAUCAUUAGAAAGUAUUCCCAGCUGUUAGUGGACCAUCCCUUAGUGGUGCUGCUGGGUUGUGCCAUACUGCUGCUGGGAUGCUCACUGGCUGGACUGUUCAUUAGUUCACUGCCAGACUUCUCGGAUCCGCUUUUAGGUUUCCAGCCACGGGGAACAUACAUCGGAGUUCGGCUGUCCAGCUUGUCCAAGCUUCAGCAGGAAACCGGCCAGGGGAAAACUCUGUCUGCUGUACCACAGCAACUCAGCAAAAGCUUUGCCAGGUCUGGCGUUGUCAGCAGAGACAGUAAUGGCAGUCAGCUCGCCUCCAGAGGUCGUAUUAAGAGGAUGCUGGCUGCAGACUUUUCUCUGCACACCUUCCUCUGUGAUGCUCCAGGCGAGCGCUUCGCCCAGCUGGUGUUUCGAUCCGAAACCUCUGCCAGUCUCUGGAGCCUGAAGGCCAUCCACGCCAUGUGUGAGAUGGAGCAAUCCAGGAUUCGCUCCCAGGCCCAGUUCCAGGAUCUGUGCCAGCAGCCUGAUGACGUGGAAGCAGAGGGAACGCCGAGAAGUGGCUGCAGUCCAAGCUGGUCUUUGGGGAAUUACUUGGCGGUCCUCUCUAACGCCUCCUGUUGCCUCAGCCUUACAUCACAACAGGUUUCUGAGUCUUUGAACCUUCUACGGAAAUGUGCCCCGUCUUACCACAGAGGAGAUCUGAUCGAGGCCUGUGCAGAAAGACCCAAGCAUGGUGGCUGCUCUUCUGUUCCCUUCCGGUGUAAAGAAUCCCGCGUGGUGUUCCAAAUCCUGCACUUCAUCGUUGACAGAGACUUCCUCAGCCCUCAGACUGUUGAAUACCAAAUCCCGACACUGAAGUACAGCCUUCUGUUCUUACCCGUUCAGAAAGGAGAGCACAUGAUGGAGAUCUACAUGAACAGCCUUGAAGGAAGGGACCUGACGUACAAAAACGCCACCAUCACUGGGAUAGACUUUGGUAUCAAGAAGACGCUGUUCAGAUAUUACUUGAUUAGAGAUUCUGUGUUCCCAGUCCUUGCUGUUAUAUCUCUCUUGUUCACCAUGGUUUUAUAUCUCCAGUCCUUCUUCAUAGUAGCAUUAUCUAUUCUAGCAAUCACAGGUUCACUCCUGACCUCAUAUUUCUUCUAUAAAGUAGCCUUUCACCUGACUUUCUUCCCCGUGAUCAACCUGGCGGCAGCUCUGAUUCUCUUAGGAAGUUGCUCGAAUCAAGUUUUUAUCUUUACAGAUUUCUGGAAUCUGCAACUAACACAAAACCCUUCAGCUUCCCUGGAGAAGAGAGUUAACAGAGCCUUACAGGAAAUGGGGUAUUUGAUCAUGGCUUCAGGCUUGACCUCCAGUGCAGCUUUUUUCUCAGGUUAUCUCAGCAGCAUCACAGCAAUUAGAUGUUUUUCUAUUUAUCUGGGGACUGCUUCCCUCAUCAGCUCUCUCCUGGCGUUAGUGUGGCUGCCGUGCUCUUUCAUCUUGCUCGAGCGCUCCAGGAAGGCGCCUGCUGUGUCUUUGGUGGCGCAAACAUGGAAGCCCUGCUGCUCCAAAAAUUCAGGCGACUUCUGGGAAACGAGUUCUGGUAAGAGGUGCAUCUUCAGCGUGGUGCAGAAGCUGAGAGAACUAAAACGAGGCCUCUCAGACACCUUGAACCUGCUGUUUCUGAAGAUCUUACCCUGUGGCGUCGUAAAGUUUCGCUAUAUCUGGGUGUGCUGGUUUGCAGUGCUUGGUGCCGGGGGCACGUACAUGUCCUGCGUCAACCCAGGCAUGAGGUUACCCACUCUAGACAGCUGGGUCACCCAGCUUUUCCGCUCCAGCCACCCUUUUGAGAGAUACGACGCAGAGUACCGUCACAUGUUUAUGUUUGAGAGACAGAGGAAUGGAGAGGACAAACCUGUCACUGUUCUGCUUGUUUGGGGCAUCAAACCGACCGAUAAUGGGGACCACUUUAACCCAAAGAGUAACGGCUCCUUGGUUUUUGACUCUGACUUUAACAUGAGCAGGCCUGAAUCUCAGGUUUGGCUGAGAGAUCUGUGUGGGAGGGUCCAGAACCAAAGCUUUUACUCUGCCCCAUCACCAGAAAGUAAAGAUGUCAUGACUGAUAAUGUCUGCCUUGUGGAGCAGCUGGUGCGCUGGGUGUCUGUUAGACGGUGCUCAGGAAGCAACGAUGCCCUUCAUCUCUGCUGUAACAACAUCCCAUUCCCCUACCCGCCCAGCAGUUUUGAAAGCUGCUUGAAUAUGAUGCUGGCAGAGAAACAUGCAGAGAGUCACCCGCCGCAUAGCGGAGGCCUGUACUUUCAGCCAGACGGCAGGGUCGCUGCCCUCAUUUUGGCAUUCCAGACCACCUAUCUCUACAGCUUUAACUUCAGUAGAACCAGGGGUUUUUACAGGGAAAUCCUGACGUGGUUCAACACAGAAAUAUCAGGAGCACCACAAGGGCUAGAGAACGGCUGGUUCGUCAGCCAGUUGUCUCUGUUUGAUCUACAACAGUGUCUAAGUUCUGAGACUCUGGUGGUUGCUGGCUUCUCAGUAGCUCUCACCUUUAUUCUGCUGCUCCUGAUCACCUGGAAUUUUCCACUGAGCUUAUAUGCAACUGUUGCUGUAGGAGGGAGUGUGUUCGUCACCGUUGGCCUCCUCGUCCUUCUUGAGUGGCAGCUGAGUGGCGUCGAGGCUCUGCUUAUAUCCUCAGCUGCAGGGUUGUCUGUUGACUUUGUCGCUAAUUUUUCCAUAUCCUACAGCUUAGCUCCUCAUUCAGACAAGAUAGGAAAAGUGGCACACUCCACGAAAAGGAUGGGAUGCCCUGUAGCAAUAGUUUCCAGUGCGUUUUUCUUCAUGGGCAUUGUCAUGCUACCUGCCACUGCCUUACAUUUUAGAAAAAUUGGGAUUUUCUUGUUUCUGGUGAAAUGCGUGGCGUGUGGAUUUGCAACCUUCUUUUUUCAGUCCCUGUGCUGCUUCUGCGGGCCACGGCGAAACUGUGGAAGGAUCACGCUGCCGUGUUUCUCAGAGGAUACAGAUGGCGUGGUGACCUCCUGCUCGGAGCCAGGCCCCUCGCCGGCCUCGGCUGCCAACGGAGCCUUUGGCAGAUCUGGAGGGAGGCGGAGUUAUGACAAAGAGGCAGGUGGUUACCUCUACCCCGACCAUCACCCUCAACACAAACAGACCAGAGGAGGAGGCGGCUUGCACAGGGGCGCAGAGCAGUACGAGCUGCAGCCUCUCGCUUACCGCCUGAGCGACAGUUUUGAGAACAGCACCUGCACCAGUAAGCUGUCCAACCGGCCCUCUGUGCUCUCAGAUGAAAUUGAGUUUUGUGGGGUAGAGGUGAGCAAGAAGGAUAUGAAUAAUGGCAGUGAAGAGAUGCACAGUCAUCAGAUCUGCCAGCCAGCCCUCCAAACCUCAUCUCCUUACAGAGAAAACACUCUCCGCAAAGCAGGCCUGGGGCAAGAAGAUGUAGCUACUGGAAAUCUGCUGUGCAAAACCUGCAGGGGCCAAUCAGUUGCGGGGAAACUGUGGAGCAAUAUAUCUUACUCCUCAUCAUCAAGCAUGGAGGAAACCAUCAUCAGCCACACAAUGGAGACCACUGACGAGCAGUCACUCUGCAAAGACGCAAAUGCCACAAAGGAGGGACACUAUCAGCACUUCCAGCCUCAGAGCUCCUGUGAAGGACUGGAGGACUCCUGCGAAACAUGUUUGAGUGACAUUGAGGCGGGGUCUUCAAACCCACAGCAGCACGAGGGAAAGGCGGAGGUUCACCUGCAACCAGGACACCUUAACAACAAGAGGGACACACUGAGGCUUUCACUGAAGGAAACGGUUUACGAGACUAAAGACCGCAGUAGCCGGAGUGAAGAAGUGGUCAUCUUACCCAACAGCAGGCCAGAUCUACCAGAUGUCUGGAUAAAGCGAGAUGGACAACGGGAGGAUACAUGCUGAGCAAUCUGUGCUGUAUAUCCUCGGUCAUCCAGGACAUCUGCUGAAAUUCUUCUCUUGUUUUUCAAAGACAUUUCGCCACUCAUCUUCUGUUCUGAUCAUUGGUUGGGAGUUCCCACCUUAUAAGACACUGUUGGAACAGUCACACCAACAGGGCUAUGAAGGUCACAUGAGUCCCUGACUCAACUAUCUAUCCUGAGUUGUUUGGGUCAGGUUAGCGGUUCAUCUGCAUCUCAAGGACAAGGGACACUUUUUUGGAGAGCAGAGUGCACAUUUUGCACAGAAAAGACUUUGAGAAAGGAGAGAAAGCAGGCAUUAAACAAAGAAUAUGCCCUCAGGUCCCCCCAUCUAAUGCCUACAGAGCAGCCAGGGCUGUUCUGCAAUCAUUAACAGGCCUAUCAGUCAGUGUUUGGUAAAUCUAACUAGAACUUGUAGCCAGGAGCUCCUAAACCUUGAUGUGUACUGAAGUGCCUUCAAGAAACCGAAGAAAAAGUCCAUCUGCCAUCUUCUGAAGCAUUUAGGAUCAUUUUAAGCAACUCUCUGCAAACACUGUGCAUUUAUUAACUAUUAAUAUAUCAAUUUAUAAAACUUAUAACUGUCUAUCUUUAAAAUCAAUAGAAAUCAUGCAAAAACUUACACUGUGGGAUUUAAAUGACAAACAUAUGGAAAUAUGGGCCAACUGCAAAAGUAACGAGUGACACCAUGUCGGUCUAAUGUCGCUGUAAGGUUGUCUGUGUCUGUUUAGUGUAGCAUUAUUGUUCACAAAAACCGGUCCAAUCAAAGCAUGACUUUAAACCCAGCAGAGCAUAAUAAAAACUGUUCUGGCACCAGUUGAAAUCAGUGCUGUUGCAUGUAAUCAGAAAAACGUCAAAAUAACUGCAGCCGCUGCCUGCAGACUCUGUGCCAGAGAACCUCUGAACCUGAACACUGUGCACAGACCAGGCUUUCAUUAAUACAUUGUGAACUCUGCACAAUGCUGAAACGGACCAGAACCAUCCAUGAAUAUACAUACAGUAUAUUUGGGGACUGGCGUUAUAUGAUAACUAUUCACGCAACACUUGCUGCCCAUUUCAUUGAUAAUCAUAGUAUAAUUUUAUUGUGUUUCCUUGUUAUAUUCAUUAAAACAUGGAAAUAUUUAGCUUUUUAAAAUGUCAAAGUUUGAACUGCUUGCAGACAAAUUUGAGCUCCUUUGUAGAUGUAUUUGGUCCCUGUUUAGACAGAUGAGAAGGGUGAAAAAUGUGAUAAAGGAAAUUAGACUAUCUUGAACUGUUUAUUUACAGUAUAUUUACAGCUUAAAAAAAUUAUAAAAGGUAAACUUUUACUGUACAUUAAUACUAAUUCUAGUAUUACGGUAUACUUUUGUUUUUAAAAUCUUAUGAUUUCAUAACUGUCCCUGUGGUUUGGUUUAAAGUCCUUUCGGCGAAUGUGUCAGAGUGAGCCGAGUUUUCCCCUGCAGGAAAAAUAGGGUGCUGCAUUACUCCUCCCCCACCUGUUGCUGCUCACUGUUAGUCAGCUGAUUGAAAUAAAACUCAGAUAUGUUUCCCUUGUUUGUAAGAAAGAUGUACAGUAUGUAUUUGGCUAUUUUGGAAGUAUUUAACUCUUAUUAAGCUAAUGCUGGCUUGAAAUUACAGUUAGUAAGCUAUGAGCAGCAUGUCUGUUAAGCAGCUGACUGCAUCCUGUACCAGAGCAGAUAGCCUGACUAAUUAACUAGAUAUUAGCUUGUUAUACUCACAGUACUACUUUAUGAACAGCAAUAAUAUUAGCAUAAUAUUUUGUGAACUUAUUUGUUGCUUGUCGAUUUUAAAAUAAAAGCAAUCAAUUUAAUUAAUUACAUUUAUUAAUAAAUGAUUGUAUAAUUAUAAUUUUUUUUUAUCUGAAAUUACCAUUUUUAUCCCACAUUGCUAUUACCUAACAACUUUUAAAAACACAUAUUUUUUGUACAUUAUGGUUUAUUAUUAAUUAUGCCUUUACUAUAGGUGAUCAUGAGUAACGUGAAGUUUUCUGCUGAGAUGCCUACAGCUAUUUGUUACUAUAAAACUCUAAAACAAACCCGGAACAUUUUAAAACGUGCUUGUUGUCAGAAAGCCGAUGCUUGUUAUUGAGGUAGCUGCAUCUUAAUCAUCCGUCGCACCUUAUAUGUUACAUUUAUGCUUCAUAAUGGUAGUUUACAGUCUGUUACAUGGGGGUCAAACCGCUGAGGUUUCUAAGCAAUAAAUAAUUGGAAAACAACAGGGAUAUCCUUUCCUGCCAACUUUGACUGGAUGUCUGCUCAGAGUUGGCAGGAAAUGACCAAAAGGAUUUAUUGUAAGGAGAAAGUUAGAUUUACAUGAAGUGAUUAUUUAUGAACGAUUGCCACUUUAAAUGUACAGUAUUUUAUGAUUAUCAGUGUAUUGUUCUGUGUUUUCAGAUGUUUGCUGUAUGUUCAAUGCUGUGCCAGGGCCAAACACUGGAGCAUUUACUCACCGAUUUUGAAUCAUAAAUUAGUUUCAGUAAAUAGCUCCUUUAUUUAUAAUUUGACACAUUGAGGUGUUUAUAGUUUAACACUCAAAGAAAUCGGAGCACGUCUGAGCCUCUGGAGAGGAAAAUGUAGCUGCAAUGUAAAAUUUCGACAGAGAAUAUUCAUCAUCAGUGUCGACUGCUGUGAACAAGUAUUUGCUCUCUUUACAGGUUUCUGUUUGUGCUUUUUUCUGACUUAAAAUUUUCAUCCAAUAGAUUUAAAUAUUAGACAAAGAAAACCGCAGUAAAAAAAAAGCAAAAAGCUGUAUUCAAAUGUUGAUUUCAUUUAUUAACAGGAUAAAAAACCAUUAAAACCAUCCUGGCCCCAUGUGAAAAAGUAAUUGCCCCUAAACCCAAUAACUUGUAGAGUGAUACUUGGCAGCAACGCCUGCCCUCAACUGUUUGAUAUAACUGAGUCUACAACAUCGCUCUGUAGGAAUUUUGGUCCACUCCUCUUUGUAAUAUUGUUUUAAUUCAGCCACAUUAGAAGGUUUCCAGCAUAAAUUGACUGUUUAAGGUAAUGCUUUAAAAGCUUCUCAAUCAGAUUUAAAUAAAGUGGUGUAGCGGUAGAGUGUCCACCCCAUUUAAAAGGCUAUUCAUCCUCGACGCCACCAUCCUGGGUUCAAUUCCCGAUCCUGUUACCUUUGCUGCAGGUCCCCCCCCCACCCUUCUCUCACUGCCCAUUUCCUGUCUGAAUACUGCAGCUAAAGACCAUUAGUGCCACAAAAAAACACAAGUUUGGACUUAAACUAGACCACUCUAAAACCUUCUUUUUUUAACCAUUCAGAGGUGGAUUUCCUCUGCUUUGGAUUGCGUAUCACACCAGUCUGUCCUAUGUAAUCCUAAAGACUGACCUUAUCUAAGAGAAGUGAUGUCUGCAGUGCUUUAAAUGUUGUUCUCAGUUCCUUUGUGACCUCCUGGGAAGGUUCACCACUCUUCAAUGUUUUCCCAGUUUGUGGAUAAUUAUCUCACCACUUCCACAGUUUGAAGGCACCCGAACCGAACCAGAACAAGAGUUCCUUCGGUGGAAACACAAACUGUGGUUCAACGGUAUCCCCAAGGUCUUAGAAAUUGCUCUUUAACCCUUUCCAGCCUGAUGUCAAUGACUUUAUCUGUUCUUGAAUUUCUUUAGAUCAGGACAUGUGUUGCUUUUUGAGAUCUUUUAUCCUACUUCAUGUUGUCAAACAGGUGCUUUUUAAGUGUUUUCUUUAGGUCUCUGGUUACUGAAAUGUUGCGAUGAGACGUUUAAGUGUGACCAAAAUAAAACAGAAGAUUUCUGAAAGAGGGCAAACACUUUUAACAGCACUGUGUAUGAAAUGGGCCAUAACAAAAUUGGUUUGUGCAUUUUAUAUCUCUACCCCCUCAUAUGGAGUACAUUAAGCUGUAAAACAUGGAUAAUCACCUGUUUAUUAUAUGCAUGAAAUUGCAACUGUUAUUGUCCCUGGUUCUCCACAGUGUUUGAAAGGUCAUAUCAGCUGGUUCUGUGCAUCUAAAUAUUUAGUAUUUUUCACUUGAAACUUGCUCUGAAUGUCUUAACUGGUUGGUUGUUUGGCUCAAAGUGUAUGUUCUGUGCAAAGUGAAAUGAAAUGUAUUUAUGAUCCUCUAAAUGAUAUAAAGUAUAAAAACAGUAGCUUUGAUCGUGGUUGAGCAUGAAACCUUGACAAGAUUUACAUAAAAUGUGCCUCUGAA